UGACAAUCUGUUGCCAAAAAAGAGAAUUGACGUGUUUAUUUCACGUUGUCUGGUCUUCGAUCUCCCAAUAGCCGGUAAUCUGUAAAUAAGUUACGUUAUAAUUAAUGAAAAUGCUUCAGGCAUAUUGCUUGGGUGUUUUACUGUGCGUAGCGGGGUCGUGGGGCAUGUACGACUCCUCCUCGGGCGUAGUGGAGUUAAAUCCUUCAAAUUUUGAUACAUUAGUCACAAAAUCUGAUGAUGUGUGGGUGGUUGAGUUCUACGCCCCCUGGUGCGGCCACUGUAAGAAUCUCGUGCCGGAGUACAAGAAAGCUGCUAAAGCUCUAAAGGGUAUAGUGAAUGUAGGAGCUGUUGAUGCAGACUCCCACAAGAGUUUAGGCCAGAAAUAUGGGGUCACCGGUUUCCCCACCAUCAAAGUGUUCAAGGGCAGCCAACACAUCCCGUACCAGGGGAAGAGGAGUGCUGAGGACAUUGUUGAAGCUGGCUUGAAGGCAGCCAGGGAGAAGGCUUAUGAACGCCUUGGCAGUAAACCCGGCAGCAAAUCAGACCAGUCGGACGUGGUCGAGCUGACAGACAGCAACUUCAAGGAGAAGGUUCUAGACAGUGAUGAGAUGUGGCUGGUGGAGUUCUUCGCGCCGUGGUGCGGCCACUGCAAGAACCUGGAACCACACUGGGCAAAGGCUGCCACUGAACUUAAGGGCAAGAUCAAAGUGGGCGCACUCGACGCCACCGUCCACUCGUCGACCGCCUCCCGCUACCAGGUGCAAGGCUACCCGACCAUCAAGUUCUUCCCGGCCGGCAAGAAGAGCAGCGACUCUGCGGAAGACUACAACGGAGGCAGGACCUCCAGCGACAUUGUGGCGUGGGCUAUGGACAAGCUGGCCGAGAAUGUGCCGCCGCCGGAAAUUAUUCAGGUGACAAACGAGGAAACUUUGAAAGCAUGCAGCGAUAAGCCUCUAUGCGUGGUGUCGAUCCUGCCACACAUCCUGGACUGCAACGCUGCCUGCCGCAACGACUACCUGAGCAUCCUCGCGCGGCUGGGAGACAAGUACAAGAACAAGAUGUGGGGUUGGAUCUGGGCGGAAGCGGGCGCGCAGCCAUCACUGGAGGAGGCGCUGGAGCUCGGCGGGUUUGGGUACCCCGCCAUGGCUGUAGUCAACGCCAAGAAGCUCAAGUUCUCCACGCUGAGAGGCUCCUUCUCCGAGUCCGGCAUCAAUGAAUUCCUCAGGGAUCUGUCAUUCGGUCGUGGUCAGACGGCACCAGUGAAGGGCGCGAAGAUGCCCGAAGUUUCCACCACCGAGGCCUGGGACGGCAAGGACGGUGAGCUGCCCCCAGAAGAGGACAUUGACCUCUCGGACGUCGACCUCGACGACGUCAAGAAAGACGAGUUAUAAAUCUAAUCAAUGGAGAUUUGUGGACUGACGAAUGAAUGUGGUUCCCAUGCUCUCAAAGAUCUAACGUUAAACACGUAAAGACAGUGUAGUAGGAAAUUAUCAACUUGAAUUGUAUUUUUUAGCUCUGGCAAUAAAUAUUCUGUUAGCUAAUACCAGUGUUGCCAUUAAGCGAAAUAACGGCCUCAUGUCUAAACUACUUGAAAAUCUUGAAUGAUAUAAUAAGAUUGUUUCACAGCAAUUAUUGAGUACUCACAACUAUACAUGGCUUAGGUGAAUUUGUUAUUUUGAAUGCAAUUUUAAAUGAACUUUCCAUCUAUGUUAAAUAUACAAGCCAUAAUACAUAUCCACAUUCUAUAAGUACCUCUGAUAAGCUCACUGUUGCUUUAAAAUUGUAUUUAUAAAUCUUAAUUUACAAAUCACAAGUACUAUUUUAUUAUAAUAAUUUUACUGUUUCGUUGAAUGAAAGCGUGAAUAUAAUGGAUGUUGUUUUCUUAGACUAAAAAUGCUCUUUUGCCCAAAAUUUAGAAUUUUUGAAUGUAUAUUACUUUUUGACCUAGUGAUUGUUCAAUUUCAAAUCUUCUAGUUUGUAUAAUUGUAGGUGUGUAUUCUAUAUAGUUGAUAAACUAUUUUUGAAUAGUUGUUCUACCGCAAAUAAUUCCUGGCUGCAACUUCCACUAAGUUUUUUAAGCAUUUAAAACGCGGCCGUACUUGAUACAAUUUUACUAUUUAUGUAAUGUGAAAGUGGUUCAUAAUACAUUUUUAUAAUUUA